AUGCGAUGUCUGUUGAGUGGGCAGAUGAUGAAUGAACAAGAAAGGAAGAAGGAGUCCCGAACAUACAGAACUGGGCCACGGCACCGUGGGUUUGAAUCCAUCCAGAAUCUUCCAAACGAUCUGAGCGCACACCGACCUGAUGGCCUCCAGGAGGCCAGGCCUCCUGGAGCCUGGGAGGAGCAGCAGGCUGUGGGCCCCAGACAGUACAGCAGCUCCCAGGAGUCCAGCCUGGAGGAGGAGCUCCUCUCAGCCACCUCAGACAGCUACCAUCUGCCAGAGCCCGAGGCCGGUGACCCAGAGCUGCUCAUGGACCUGAACACUGGCCCGGAGGAGGAGGAGGCUCAGAACUUCACCCCCAUACUGGUUUUUCUGGAUCAUGAGGGUUAUGCCAACCAUCUUAAGAGCCUCUACGAUUUCUCCUUCUCUUUCCUCACAUCUUCAUUUUACAGCUUCUCUGAGGAGGAUGCGCUUGUGGCCUACCUGGAGGCUUCAAGGAAGUGGGCCAAGCACAGCCACAUGACCUGGGCCCAUGCCUGGCUCUGCUUCCUCCUGGGUUGGCUGAGUGUCAGGAAGGUCAAGCUCUCUCAGGCCAGGGUAUACUUUGAGGAGGCCAUCCACAUUCUCAGUGGGGCAUUUGAGGACUUGCCCUUGGUGGCUGCUCUGUACAUCAACGUGGCUGCCAUCUACCUGAGGCAGAGGCUGAGGCAUAAAAGCUCUGCCCUGCUCGAAAAGGCAGGUGCCCUGCUGGCCUGUCUGCCAGAUCGUGAGUAGGGCAAGAAUGAGCUGGACAUGGUGGCCUAUGUGCUGCGUCAAGGCAUUGUGGCUGGCAGCUGCCCCCUGGAGGCCAGGGCCUGCUUUCUGGCCACUCGGCUGUUCCUACGCCUGGGCCGGCAUGAGGAGCUUCUACCAUUUGUGGAGUGCCUGCAACUCAUCUCUGGACACCCUGCUGCCUCAGAUGCUGCAGCCACCCUCUUGAGCUUUCUAUAUGAUAAGAAAUAUCUUCCACAUCUUGCAGUGGCCUCUGUCUGGCAGCGUGGUAUCCAUGUCCGAGGGACAUCCCUUCUGAUUUGGCAGCUCCACCUGGUUCUCCAGAACACCACCAAGCUCCUUGGAGUUCCCUCCCCAAGCCAGGGUGAAGUUUCUGCCCUGGCCGUCCCCGCACUCAGGCAGGCACUGGUUGCCUGUGAAGAGUGGGCUGACAGGAGAACCCAGAGGGCCGUGUGUCUCAUUCUCUCCAAAGUGUACCCGCAGCACAGGUGUCCUGAUGGUACCAUCCACCUCCUGAGCCAAGGCUUGGUUGUGGGGCAGCUGCUAGGUGCACAGGAAGCCUUUGAGUCUUUCCUCUGCCUGGCAUGGGCUUGUCUCUUAGCCAGCCAGGUGAAGAAGGCUUUGGACUUCCUCGAGUCACUCCUAACCUCCCUGAAGGAGACAGAGAGUAUUACCCAAAAGAGGGUGGUCCAUAACCUCCUAGGACUUGCACUUCAAGUUGAAGGUCACGUGAACAGGGCAGCCAAGAGCUAUCUUUGGGCCUUGAGCAGAGCCCAGGAGAUGGGGAAUGUGCAUAACCAGGCCGUGGCUUUGGCAAAUCUUGGCCACUUGACCCUUAAAUCCUGGGCUCAGCAGCUGGCCAGGGACUAUCUUCUGCAGUCUGUCCAACUCUAUUCUGAACUCCAGGCCAGCAUGGAGACAGAAAUGGAAUUAGUGCAGGUGCUUCUCUGGUUGGCCCAAGUUCUGGCAUAUGGACGCCAGCUGGCCAGUAGCCGCCUUUGUUACAAAAUGGCUUUGCUGUUUGGCUUAAGGCAUGGACACCUAAAGAGUCAGCUUCAGGUCACUGAAUCCCUCUGCCAUUUCUACAACUCUGUGUCCCCAAACCCCGAGGCAUGCAUCACCUACCAUGAGCACUGGCUGACCCUGGCUCAGCAACUCAGGGACAGGGAGAUGGAGGGAAGGCUGCUGGAGUCCCUUGGGCAGCUCUAUUGGAACCUGAACACAGCCAGGUGAGUCCAGGCUUAG